AUGAAGUUCCUGCGUCCCGUUCUCGUUGCCGUUGUGGCUCUCGUCUUCCAGACCUCUGAAGCCUUCACCGUCGGUUCGGCCACUGGUCUGGCUGCUGGAACUACGGGUGGAGGCAGCGCCACCCCCGUGUACCCGACCACGACGGCGCAGCUCGUUGCGUAUCUGAAAGACUCGGUGCCCCGUGUCAUCGUGCUGAACAAGACCUUCGACUUCCGCGGCACCGAAGGCACCACGACCGAAGCCGGUUGCCGUCCGGACUACACCCGCGCGUGCAUCGCCAAGAACAACGGCUACAAGAGCCAGGAUGUGAUCCUGCAGAGCGGCGGCAUGUCCAACACGGGCGGAUGCUCGGACGGCACCAGCGUUACGGUCACCUACGACAACGCCGCCAUUACCCCCAUGACGGUGACGAGCAACAAGACGCUGGGUGGCAUCGGCACGACCGGCGUGAUCAUGGGCAAGGGGCUUUGGCUCAACGGCGACAACAUCAUCAUCCAGAACGUCCACAUCACGGAGCUCAACCGCCACUUGUUCCUCACGACCAACGCCGCCAGCGUGUCCACCAUGACCAUCAGCAACUCGGACUUCGACGGCCGCACCGACUACUCGGCCACGUGCGACGGCCGCCACUACUGGUCCUUCAUCUUCUACGGCGCCAACACGCGCUUCAGCAUGCUCAACAACUACAUCCACUCGACGUCGGGCCGCUCGCCCAAGCUCGGAGGGGACAGCAGCGCCAACGUCGUGGCUCACAUCGCCAACAACUACUGGGCCGACAACUCGGGCCACUCAUUUGAGGUCGGCGUCAACGCGUGGAUCCUCGCCGAGGGCAACUACUUCGAGGACACGACGGCGCCGCUGCUCUCCGGCUCGGAUGGCUACAUGUACGCCGCCACCGCCACCACCGAGUGCAGCAGCUACCUCGGCCGCUCUUGCGCCGCCAACGUUGUGGACAACAGCGGCCCCUUCGGCUCUCGCAGCGGAUCCACGGCCCUGUCCAAGGUCAAGUCGUACUCGGCCAUCUCCGGUUACAGCCCGCGCAGUGCCAAGCAGUGGAGCAAGACCACGAGCAACUUUGGCAUCAACUAG